AUGCCACAAAAUUUCAAAAAAGAUUCUGAAAUACCUCGGGGAGAAUUUGACUACCAAUUUUCUACUUCAGGUAUUGAAAUAUUCAAAUGGAAAGAUAACAAAGUGGUACAUAUUGGGUCAAACUAUCACGGUAACGAAAUAACAUCUGUUGAUAGGACUAUGAAAGAUGGCUCUAGAUUGAGCAUAUCAUGCCCAAAUCCAAUCAAAGACUACAACAAAUAUAUGGGUGGAGUUGAUCACGCAGACUGA